GUCUGCAUCCGCCCACCAGCAACAAUCGAUCCGCCAUGCCGAAAUAUAACCUGCAGUUCAAGGCAGACGUCGAGAACCUCACCGACAUCAAGCCGGCCGGCGAUGACUAUGAGUGGCUGCUCAAGAUCAAGUGCACCUCCUGCAGCGAAGUCAAUCCAGCCCUGGUCACAGUCGUCGAAAGUGAAUCGCAUCCGAUCCCCAACUCGCGAGGCGAGGCCAACCUUGUGAUGAAGUGCAAGUUCUGCAAGACCGAUGGUUCUGGAAGCCUCGUUUCGAAAUCGAUCAAGCCAUACAACCUCGAGCACUCUGGAAACUUUUCGACCGUCGCCACGUUUGAACUGCGCAAUCUCGAGGUCGUUGGAUGGAAGCCGUCGGUUGGCUUCCGCGCCAUCGGGGCCGAGUCCGAGACAGUCUUUGAGGACAUUGACCUCCAGGACGACUGGACUGAAUACGACGAAAAGGCUCAGGAAAGCGUCAGCAUUCUGAACAUCGAAACCAAGGCCAGCAAGUGCUGAAAGCACGAGCACGCUCCCGCUGGGAAUCCCGGAUUGGUUCUUAUGCACUGGAUGGGCUCAGGGUCCCAGAAGCCAAUACAGCGCAAAUGUACAAUACUGCAGAUGCUCCUUGGUCGCGACUCUGGAUC